GUUCACGUAGAACGUUCAAUAUCUGGAUGCGGAUUCGCUAAAAAUCUAAAGAAAAAGUGUUAUAACAGUGCGACAAAUUACCGUUUUGAUAGGAUAAUCACUUUGAUCAACUGGCAUAUAAAUUUGCCCGUUUGACCUCGGAUGGACCAGUCGUCAAAUUAGCUCGAAAGGUUGGAGAUGGCGAAAUGUGUGAUAAUACUAAUAGGGGCAACUAUUUGCCUACUGCAGUUGCUGGUUAGCACCGAAGGAGCCGGACUCCGGAAUGCUCCACCAAGCCUGUACGAGCAGCAUUUAUUCAAACGACAGGCUGCCAAGAGCAGUGACAAUGACGAAAACACUGGCCUGUACGAUCAAAAUGAUUCGGUCAUCUCGCUGAACGCGGCCAACCUGAAGGCCAAAGUGUUCGAACAACCGCAUGCCUCCAUGGUGGAGUUCUACAAUUCGUACUGCGGAUUCUGUCGCCGGUACGCACCGAUAUGGAAGCAGUUCGCCAGCGACAUCCUCGGUUGGCAGCGGCUCGUCAAGGUCCAGGCAAUCGAUUGCUCCCGGGAUGACAACAAUGUUCUCUGCCGAGAGUUCGAGGUGAUGGCCUACCCGACGAUCCGCUUCUUUGCGCCGUACUACAAGGACGGCUCGCAGCAGAUUGGCGAACCAAUCACAGCCCACGCGGAAGCCGAACUAAUCAACGCUCUGGUUGAGCACAUGCAAAAUGUAACCAGUAAACCUGCCGGUUGGCCCGACUUCAACCCGAUAGACAGCAGCGCUCCAAUCGAGGAUCUUUUUGCCGCGCCUGGAUCCGAGGCAACGUCCCCGAAGUACGUCUACAUAAUCAACGAGAACGAAUCGAACGAAACAACCGUUGGCAGUCAGGUUAUGUUGGACAUGCUGGAUACGCAAUUGGUCCUGGUGAAACGAACCAAGAAUACAUCGGAACCUAGCGGGUUGAAGGUUAUUGUGGUGGACAGUAAGAGCGACCUCAAACUGCCAAUCGAUGAGUUCAGCCGAGACAAAAUCACAGCCGCCAUUCGGAAGCACCUAACAGAGCAUCAUAUCAGGGUGACGGAGGUUGCAACUAAGCCGAGUAACAAAGAACAAACAUCCGAGCAGAACAUUGCCGAAGUUAUGGAGCAUAUGCAGGAGGAGGAGCUUCGCAAGAAGAUUAAAGAACUGGGACCAGCGGUGGUCUAUCAAGCGGAUCUUGAGGAAGCUAUUAAGUUUGCACUCUUCCGCGAAAUACCACGCUUCAAGAAGAUUGAUGGUGAACGAUUGCUAGCAUUGCAAAGGUUUUUGAACGUUCUUGUCCGAUAUUUUCCAUUCAACGAUAAUGGAGUCAAGUUUUUGAAGGAGGUUCGACAGUACGUGUUAAAUUUCGAAACGGAAAUAGAUUCCAAAGAUUUUGCAAAUCAAAUUACACAACUGCAAAAGAAUCGACAUCCGGUGUUUUCAUCUACCCAGUGGAUGGGUUGUUCGAGCACUAAGGAAGGACUUCGACGUUUCCCGUGUGGAUUGUGGACUUUAUUCCACUACAUGACCGUUCAGGCCGCGGAAAUGGAAAUUUCGUCAGAUCCACUGGAAAUUCUGCAGGCAAUGCAUGGAUACAUUAAAUAUUUCUUUGGAUGCUCCGAUUGUUCCAAUCACUUUCAACAGAUGGCCGCUCGAAACAAGAUCUGGAACGUCACCAGUAAGGAUGAUGCUGUCCUAUGGCUUUGGUCCAGCCACAAUGAAGUAAAUCGACGACUGUCCGGUGAUAUCACUGAAGAUCCAGAUCAUCCAAAGAUUCAAUUUCCUAUGGUUGAAGCGUGCCCUGAGUGCCGCAAACAUAAGCUUACCAACCAUCAUAACCACCAGCAGUAUACGCUGGGCGAUGAGCAGGAAUGGAAUCUGAUUGAGGUGUUACGGUUUUUAAAGCGAGUUUACGGUGUCGAAAACCGAAACCAGCUGGGCUUGCAGGCACCGAACGUGUUGCCACCGUUACUUGCCUAUACUGGAGCAGCCGAUAGCUUUUAUUCGAAUCGGAGUUUCGGCAAUGUUUUGAACGAGAUGGAUAUUAGGAUGGGAGCGUUGCUGUAUGUGGCCUGCAUUGUCAUGCUGCUUGUGGCCGUCAAACUGGUGGUCAAACGAGGUUACCGUAAGAAAAUGUACGCACAUGAUGUCUUGGGAAAAGUGUAAACUUCUGCAACCAAAAAUUGAAGAAAAAAACAAGGAAAACAUUGACGCUGCUCAAGAUCUUUAUAAUCCGGGUAUAUUCUCAACCUCAGACCGUAAACGCCUAGGCGAAAGUGAAAAUCCACUAUUUUAGAUAUUUUUUAGCGAUUCCUAGUCCGAUGAGAGGCAACCAAUCUAACAGCUACCAAAUGAUUAUUUCUUUCGGUCUAUUUAGUGAUUUAAAACGCCCAUUACUGGGUGUUUGCAUUUUUGUGAUCUAAGUAUAGAAGGUAUAAAUAAAAUUGAUUUAUUGAAACGCCAACAUUCCAACAGGAGCGGAAGAUAAUGUUAUUUGCCUUUGUUAAUAU